GACGCAAUAUACGAGUUGAUACGGAACAAAGCGAGAAUCAUGCAGACCCAAGAGAGAAGGGAAGACGACGAGGAAAGGUGGUAUAAGGAGAAAUUCUCUACUAUUCCUAAGCUCGGUACGAGAGUUCGCCGGGGUCCCCACUGGAGAUUUCAGAACCAGGAUAGCGAGGGCAUCGGAACCAUAGUGGGUCAUGGGGAUAAAGCUGGGCUUGUACUGGUAGAGUGGGAUAAUGGAGAGCGUAGUAUGUACAACUAUGGAAUAAGAGGCAUGUACGAUGUGGUGGUUUGUGAGGAAUCCAGGGUCCCUCUUGAUGGAUUGGUCGCUGUCGGUUGUUUCGUUAAAAGAGGAUCUGAUUGGAAAUGGGGAGAUCAGGACGGUGGAGAAGAAGCGAUCGGGACUUGUUAUCGAGUGAUGGACAAUGCCACCGUUUAUAUUCGAUGGCCAUGUGGAAGGAUGGGUAAAUACAGAUUUGGAUAUGAUGGAAAAUAUGACAUUGAACUAUGCGAUCCGUUCUCACCUGAGGUGAUAAAAACCGUUAUAGAACAGCAGAAUGCAUCAAACAAGUCUGGUACAAUUACAGAACACAUGGUUGCCUCCAAUGAUUUAAAAGAUAAAUCUGUUAUAAAGGAAACACCACAUAACACAACUAAA